AUGGCGGACGUCAUCUGCCUCGUCGACAGCGACGACGACGCGCCGUCGCCGAAGCGCGCGCGGCGCGCGCCCGCGGGCCCGAGCGGCGUCUCGCUCUCUCCGCCGCGAGGCGGCGCGCCGCGCGGCGUCGAGCGAGGCUCGAUCGACAGCCAGAGCAGCGGCGGGGAUCUGGCUGUCAUCGCGACGGACGCCACGCGCGCGUUCACCGCGCGCGCGUCGAAUCUCGGGCGCGGACGCGGACGCGCCGCCGCCGCGGCCGCCGACGACGACGCGUGGAGACGGCUCGGGGACGUCGCGGAGGGACGCGACGACGCGGCGGACGCGCGCGAGCGAAAACGUCUCGACGCCGACCGUCAGAGGGCGCGCCGAGCGGCCGAGAAGGACGCCGAACGCGCGCGCAAGGCGGCGGAGCGCGACGAGAUCAGGCGACGAAAAGCCGCGGACGCCGCCGCGGACGCGGCGCGUCGCGCGGAGACCCGCGAGCGCGACGCGCGCGAGCGACGCGCGAGAAGGGACGAAGCCUCCGUCGCGACCGGACGACACAAGUUUAAGAUGCUCACCGUCGUCCUCGACGCCGCGCUCGCCGCCGACGCGUUCGGCCGCGCGCUCGCCGACGCGCUCGACGGCGGCGUCCGCGACGGCGGCCGCGGACUGACGCCGUUGAUGCACCGCGCGGAGUCGCUCCCGCUCCCGUGGAGCGUGACGUGGAGGUAUCACCCGCCGUCGGACGCGCCCGUCGCCGCGGGAGACGCGACGGCGAGAGACGCGACGUACACGAUGUUGUAUCUCAAGGCGGAGCGGUUCGCGGACAUGUGCGUCGUGGACCACGAGCACGAGGUCGCGCUCGGCCGCGGCGGCGGCGGCGGCGGAAACGGCGGGGAUCGAACCGGCGGCGGCGGGGAGUCGCCGCCCGCGGGGGGUCUCCGCGCGUUGCUUCGCGACGCGCGCGCGACGUUACCGCGAGGGCACGCGUUGUCGCUGCUCGUCCAAGGCCUCGAGGCGCACUGCGUCGCGCGCGAGCGCAGGGAGCACCGCGCGCGCGGGAUCCACGGGUUCUCGAAGAAGCACGUCGACGUCGCGCUCGCGCGCUUAUACGUCGGACGCGGCGGGCGCGGUCUGCGCGUGAGCACCGCGCAGGACAUGCCGCACGCGGUGGACGCCGUCGUCGCCGUCGCCGUCGCGCUCGCGAGACGGCCGUUCGAACGGGAGGAGACCGCGCUGGACAUCCUGGGGUGCGCGUCGUCCACGCUCGCGGCGGGGGUCGCGCUCGAGGCCGCGGCGGCGCGCGGGUCCAGGGGCGCGGGCGUCGGCGUCGACGGCGUCCAUCACGGUUCGAGCCAAGCGACGACGGAGGACGGUCAGAACGGAGAGAGUCAGAACGGAGAGAGCCAGAGCCGGGGCGGCGGCGCGCGGCGGGCGAAGUCCCAGGCUGAGGUGUGGGCGGGAGCGCUCAUGAAGAUCGCCGGGUGCGCGGAGGCGUCCGCGCUGUCGAUCGUCCGCGCGUACCCGACGAUGGACGCGCUCAUGCGCGCGUACGCGGACGCGAGCGCGACGGAGCGAGAGAAGCGGGAGCUCUUGAAAGACUUGAUCCGCGCCGGCGGCGCGGGGGGCGCGGAGAGGCGCGUGGGGCCGGUGCUGAGCGAGCGCGUGUACGCCGUGUUUCGUCCGCGCGGGGCGGACGACGCGGGGGGCGAUAACGUCGGCGUGGGCGCGUGA